UAUGUACCUAAUUAAGCCCCAGAACAGAAGAGAGAGACGUUUCUCAUUCUGUUUUCGUCACAGCGUCAGCUGUGUCUGACAACUUGCUUUUCCUGUGCUGUGUUUCGUAAUCGAGGAAAAAAAGAGCAAGUCAUGCUCCUCCUCAAGGUAUCACCAUCACAUCAAAUCCUCUUGAGCUGAGCCAUCCACAUCCGAUUUCUAACGGCAUCGGCCGUUUGAACCAGAAGACGCGAUGUCGUCAAUACCACCGGCCCAUGAACCGCACAGUACUCUCGAAGUCUCCGAGAGGGAUCCUGAGACCUAUCAGAAAGAAGUAAUAGCAUAUCCCGAUCACAGCUAUCCACAAGCAGUUCCGGUCGAGCAAGUUGGCGCUGGUGGAGCGACGCAUUCAUUCUAUAGUCCCGAGUCGGCGAAAGAAGUCGUAGUAGAAGCACCUCACGAUGCAUACGCAGGAGCUGGCGUCUUGCCGGGACCGUAUAAAGAUCCUAACUCCAUGGGCGGCGUGGCAUACCAAAAUGGCUAUCCAGCGGGCGCGGUUUAUGCGGACGGGUCAGCAUAUUCGAACAGCGCCUACCCCAAUAGCACGUACCCGAACAGCGCAUAUCCGAAUAGCGCGUAUCUCACAAGCAACGGCAGCCAGAUGGACCCCAGUAUGUAUGGACAUAGCCCGGCCGAGAACGGUGGUCAAUUCCCUCCCACAGAUGAGAAGGCAGGGAAGAAAGGACCGAUAUGCGGGCUUCCAAGAAAGAUAUUUUUCAUUUUAUUAGGAGUCGGGAUUGCGGUAAUCGCGCUCGUGGGAGGACUAGCGGGUGGGUUGACGAGUAAGACUCAUGGCGGGGAGAAGGCGGCAGCUUCGUCGGGAUCGUCAGGCAGUCCCAAGGACCCGGCGUCGUCGAACACGACCGAGAAACUUAUCCUCGAUAAUUCGAAAAUAACAGCGUCGAAUUGGACGGAUUCCAACGGCGUCGUUCACAGAACCGUCCUCUUCCAAGACGUGUAUAAUUCAAUUAUCGCCCGACGAUGGGAUUCCAAUGGAAAGUCGUGGACGACGGACAACUUGACCCAGUUGAUGGCCGCGACGACGACGCCCCUUAAUCCAAUUCCGGGAACCCCCUUGGCGAGCGCGUCGAUGGAUCUUGAUCCUACAUACGAAACGCACGUGUGGUUCACGGAUCCGUCGAAUACGAUAAGAUCGAUGGUCUGCUCUGACGCGCUGAACAAACCGGAUAGUUGGGACAACGAUACCCUCGACGACGCCGUUCUUGUAACUUGGCCCGGCUCUGGACUGGCCGCGAUGUGGCAGCGAUGCUGGCACUCUAGCUGCGAUGGAACUUGGAUCGUCGCGUAUCAACGGCCGGAAGGGGCUAUUAAGACGGCCAAUUCCAGCACCUGGGCCACCGCAACUGUAGCGGUUGAUUCCAGUGAUGUCGCCGCCAAUUCGAGUUUGGCGAUUAUCCCUCAGCUAGACGGGCCAUAUCUCGACCGUCUCGAGCUCGUCUCGGAACGCGUCGAUUCAGGUCAGACGGGUGAUAUGAGAGUAACGACGUACAACGACACGUGGAACGGCGCUGAUCAACGAGUGACCGAACUCCAAUCCGGCAUACCAUUGCCAGCGCCAUCUCAGCAAUUCGCCAUAACGAAGUGGGACAGCUGGAAUCAGGCGCUCUACCUCAGCCUGCUCCAAGGCGGCACACUUAAAGGCAACCACUGGGACGGAAAGACGAUGAGCAAUAUCUCGUCUUUCAACUUCAAGUCGGGCCCCGAUACCAACUUCACGUCCAUCGCGAUGACGCCGGACGCCAUGUUCUACGGCAUCUCCAACAACCAGAUCAUAGAGUAUUCGCUCGACACGACGGAUCCGUCUACAUUCAACUACGUGGGCGUGGUCUUCCCAUGAGAUUUCCUUUUCUGCGUUCAAAUGCAACAAUUUUGUGUUUUCAGUUGGUCCCCAAAAAAGGAUAGGAUACUAUGGGGCCCGGGAAUUUGGGAAGGGCAUUAGGGAGUUGGCGGGAAAGACUCGUUGCGGCACAGCAUCAACCAAGGUGUAUUUUUCUAUUCUUAUGAUACGGCCUUAUCCUUGUGUAAGUCGAGAGGACCUAUUUUGACACGAUACCAAGCGGAGCGAAUUCGCUUUGUUUACCUAUUAUUUUGCCCUUAGGGUAAUACUAUGACACGAUCUGUUUGUACGCAUAGUUAGCCACUUACUACGUGGGACGAUUUACCUAGAUAUCUAAAACAAUAGAAAGAGAAUCAUAUUCAAUGGUUUGACUCAUUCGGUUUUAUUUAUGGAUGCAAUGUAUCUAAGUUAGUCGGAAAAGAACAUACCAGGUAGGUAGGUAUUGAACAACUCAUCUACGCGAGGCUAAUUUUGUGCCAUUCCAACCGACGAUGGCCUCAAUUGGGUAUUAGGGAC